UUCCACGUCAAGUAUUUGUUGUUGUUGAGGCGAGAGAGAGAGAGAUCUGCCGGCUCCUGGCGUCUGGUUUCUUCACGGUAAUGGAAUAAUAUUAAGUGGCGUGAAGAUGCGUAUCUUACAACUUCGUCGUGGUCGGACCUUGAAGGUGGCCUUGGGAGUGGCAGCUGUUGUAGUGUUACUGCUGCUUUUGGGGGCUAAUACCCCUCAUGGAGUUUCCAUUAGGUCAGCUGGUGCUCUCAUGAGUAAAGUCAAGCAGAAUGUUGUAUACCUUGAGGACAAAGUGGGUAACUUUGAGCCGGCGGAGAUUCCAGCGAGGAGUGGCGCCGGGGAAGAUGGCAAGGCAUAUUAUUUGCCUCCAAAUAAACAGAACGAAGGAACACAGUCAGUCAGCGAGUAUGGCAUCAACAUGGUGGUGUCUGACGAGAUCGCUAUGGACCGAUCUAUUCCAGACACUAGACAUUCUGAGUGCAGUCACUGGGAGUAUCCAGAGGACCUGCCAACGACGACUGUGGUGAUUGUGUUCCACAACGAGGGUUUCUCGACUCUGAUGCGCACAGUUCACAGUGUUAUUGACCGCUCUCCUCCUCAGUUCUUGAAGGAAGUGCUGCUAGUAGAUGACUUCAGCAAUAAAGCAUCAUUAAAAGAGCCUCUAGAAGAUUACAUAGCAAGAUGGAAUGGAAAGGUGCGGUUAAUACGCAACAAGGAGCGUGCUGGACUUAUUCGCACACGUACGACGGGAGCUGAAGAAGCGAGAGGAGAGGUGGUGCUCUUCUUGGAUGCACACUGUGAAGUCAACAAGAACUGGCUACCACCACUAUUAGCACCAAUUUACAGAGACAAACAUACUAUGACCGUACCAGUCAUUGAUGGUAUAGAUCAUAACACAUUCGAGUACCGACCUGUGUAUGGUGCUGGCAGUAACUUCCGAGGCAUCUUUGAGUGGGGAAUGCUUUACAAGGAAACUGAACUACCAGUGGAGAUGGAGCGCAAACGAAUCCACAAAAGUGAGCCAUACAAAUCUCCAACCCAUGCGGGGGGUUUGUUUGCCAUCAACCGUGAAUACUUCUUGAGUCUUGGCGCCUAUGACCCGGGACUCUUGGUUUGGGGAGGAGAAAAUUUUGAGUUGUCAUUUAAGGUAUGGCAGUGCGGUGGCAGCAUUGAGUGGGUACCGUGUUCUCGUGUUGGACACGUUUACAGAGGCUUUAUGCCGUAUAAUUUUGGCAAACUGGCUGAGCAGAAGAAAGGUCCUCUUAUUACCAUCAACUACAAGAGAGUUAUCGAGACCUGGUUUGAUGACAAAUAUAAAGAAUACUUCUACACACGUGAACCUUUGGCGAGGUUCCUCGACCAUGGUGAUAUCGGUGAACAACUGAAACUAAAGACGCAGUUGAAGUGCAAAAGCUUCCAGUGGUUUAUGGAGAAUGUGGCAUACGAUAUGCUUCGUAAAUAUCCAGAGCUUCCUCCUAACAUCCACUGGGGAGAGCUGCGUAAUGCUGUUAGUAACCAGUGUCUCGACACUAUGGGUCAUGCUGCUCCGAGUCUCAUGGGUAUCUCUCAUUGUCACGGUUUCGGCAACAAUCAACUAAUACGGCUAAAUGCGGAAGGUCAACUAAGUGUGGGGGAGCGUUGCAUUGAUGCCGAUGGCCAAGGCAUCAAGCUCAUGUUCUGUCGUCUGGGUACAGUAAAUGGUCCUUGGCAAUAUGAUGAACAAAGUCAUGUGAUACUCCACAAGCGUUUGGGAAAAUGUGCUGCACUCCACCCGCAGAACAACCAGCUGACUCUACUUCCAUGUGAUGCUAUUAACAACUACCAGAAGUGGACAUUCCAUCAGAUAACACCAAAGUGGUGAGAAGUACCGUAAUGCCACACACCUGACAAUAUUGGACGUUAUUUCUUAUUAUUUAGACUUAGCAAGUGUCCAGUACGUAAAUCAUUAUCCGUGUUUCGUAGUACAGUGUUACAUAAAAAUAUUUCAAGGGGCAUUUAUGUAAACAAAUUUGACUUGAAAAUGCAUGGUAAGAAUCCAAGAAUAAAAUAAAUAUUCCUUCAUAAUGAAGGGUUAACUAUUAUAUCUUCAUGCAUUUAGGAGGCCUGGUCGACGACCGGGCCGCGGGGACGCUAAGCCCCGGAAGCACCUCAAGGUAACCUCAAGGUAUAGUUACAAUUGAUCUGAUCAUUUUGCCAGCUAGUUCUGACAGAUGCUGUAUAUGUUCUCGGAGUAAACACAUCCUGGUUUUACAGAAUAGCCUAAACACACUAGAUAGUAAUAGUAUUAGAAAUCCCACUUUGGUGAUAUAUAAAAUGUUUGGAAAUGAUUGAGCAUUAACAUUAAUUAAAUACGGUAUAUUUAACAAUUAAAAAACUCAUUCCAUUUGCACAAAUUUAUUGAAUUACAGGUAUAAAGGAGGCUAUUCUAAAUAAAUAGCCUCUUUAGUUGAGUUUCAAAAAUAAAUAUCCCUUCUUGCCUUCUCCAAAAGAUGUGGGAUCAACUUACCCUCUAGAAAUUGUUCAUUGAGAGGUCUUGGUAACUGGGCCAGAUUGUUUAACCCAAGUGUGCCCAGUCUUUUUUUUUUUAUAGUAUAGCUUGAUUGCUAGAGGUGCUGUCUUCCUGGGGGACGGAACGCUGAUGUUGCCCUGGGUGGCGGAAUGCUGUUGUCGCAUCUGGGUGGCGGGACGUUAACUUCACCCUCGGUUCUCUCUCUCUCUCUCUCGCAGUUGAAACCAUUGUUUCAUAAUACUAUGAAUUUAUUUCAUAAUUGCAUUACUGCAUAGUACUAUGCAAUUGUACAGUGCAUAAGGUCUUUAGCAUUAAUCUCAAAUAUUGAUAAAAUAUUGAUUUAUUUAAGAUGGGAAAAACCACAUCCAACAUCAUGUUUUAAAUUUCUUCCAAGCAGUUUAAAGACCCUAAAAAUUUGCAGUCAGAAUGUUUAUUAGAUUAUGUAUUUGAAGCAUUCUACCCUGGUAGUAUUUUGAUAUCACACACGAGGUGUAGUUGGCGAGCCAAAAGCAAGAAUUUCAAGGUCACUCUAAGGCUUUUUUUACUACUGUUGUUGUUUUAUGAUUACUUUCAAUUUUUCCUUUGACCUCAUGGCAAGCUUUUUUAUAUUGAUGAUUAUGACGAAUGAUUAAUGCCAUAUACCUUUAUUUAAAUCCAAUAAACUAUUAGUAAAUUGGGAAGGUUCUCGUGUGAACAUCAUAAAAGGUUUAAUUACUUUGCUCCGGUGGACUGCUAAGCCAACUUUUUGGGAAGUAGUUCGUUUGUUAAUUUCCAGCACAGUACAUUCCUCGUGAAUGUUGUAAGAACAUAUAAGACUAACAUCUCGCACAAUAUUUAGUUCUCAAGAACUUGAUGGCCGAUCAUUAAAGGGGUUUAUUUCCAGUUAAUGCACAAAACAGUAAAAGUUUAAUGCAAUUAUUUGUCAUCUUUACUUCAAGGGUAUAGUUUAUUGCUGUGGGGGCAUGUUUACAUGUACGCAUGGAAUGGUCACAUCCUUACAGCUUAAAAGAUUGUAAUGAGGCAAAGAAUAAGUCACAAUAACACGUCAGAAAUCAAUAACUCCGAUGCACACACGUCAAAUGGAGGUGACGACAUUUUGGUCUGUUGCGAACGCUUGUCGUGGCAUUUUGUAAUGGUUACGACAAUGUAUGGCACGUCCGUAGGGAAUAAUGUGUGUGAUGAAACUAGUAUUUGAUAACAUAAUUUACUAAUAAGGCAGAGUAUAAAAAGGAACAAUGAUGUUCAGAUACAGUGUUAAUCGCGGUACAGUAUUAUGUUUGAGCAUUUCAGGCCAAAUGUUCAGCCUUAUUACCUAUUAAAUAUUUAUCUAUAAAUUCUAUGAUCUGGCUCUCACAUUAUUUACAAUGACAAUCAAAUUAUUAUAUAUAUAUAUACCUGUUAUGUAAUUACCUGAGAUACUUGUAAAGUAUGUAUGUUUGACAUUCCAUGUAAAAGUACUUCUAGGUUUGUGUGACUUGUGGUUUUCUGGUUUGCGUGGGUUAUGCUUUUGGUAAUAGCGCACAUUUUGUGAUCAUUGGAUGAGCGAGUAAUGUAUAGCCUUUUUUUUUUGUUACUUUAUAGUUUAUACAGAAUGUAUUUCUUGAUAUGCAUGUGUAGUUAUGUGAUGAGAAAUGUC